UUAUAAUCGCUAUUCAUUGUUAUUCUCAUGUGUUUCGUUUCCUUCAGAAAUUAAGUUCAACUUGACCUAUUCGUAAUAAUAAACAUACGAAUUACAGUUGCGAAAUAUUUAGUCAAUUUCGAAAUAAAGCAUUGGAUGAUUUUUAAAUUAUUAUUAAAAAUAAUGCACGCACCCACAAAAUUGAUGAAUAUAAAAUAUGGACAAGCUAUAACACCAGUAACAUACUCUAAGAAUACUAUGAAAGUACCACCUCGAAAAUUAUGGCAGAAGGAAAAUGUCAAACCGGAAUGUCAAAAUGAUAAUUGGCAUAAAAAUAAAAAUUCGAAAAAAGAUGAGAAAUGGGAUGCGAUCCAAUCACCGCAAUUUGUCGAUUUUUCAAAUUUACCCGAUAUUGGAGAUUCGUUUUUUAAUAGAGUGACUGUAGUUGUAAGUACACCAAAUCCGAAUCUUGCAAACGAAAAACUUCCGAGUACAAUUACAGAAGACGAUUCAUUGAUCACAUCUUUAAAAAAUUUCUCUUUGUCCGAAACACAAAAUGAAACAGUAUACGAAAACCCGUUAUACGUUAAUCAAAAGGAGAAACAAAAGGAAGAAUACGUAGUGCAUGAUGUUAGCAUUAACCAAGUAUAUGAAAACCCAUUAUAUGUCAAUCAACAAGAGAAAGAAAAAGAAGAAUACGUAGUUCAUAAUGUUAGCAUUAAACAGGAAUCUAACAUUAAAACUGAAAUUUGUAAUAAAGUACAAAAAUCGCAGAAUGUUAAAAUAUAUCCAUUCUCUUUUGAUUUACGAUCAAAAAAUAUACAGAAACAAAAAGAAGAACAAAAACAAAAACAGAUUAAAAAGAUAUUGGAAGAAGAAAAAAAAAUAAAAAUAUUUCAUGCAAAUCCCAUUCCAAAGUUUAUAAAAAAUCGAAUUAAAAUUGAACCAAUAGGUAAUAACAAAAACGAAAAAAAUCAAAAAGUUAAUGUUCCUAAUAAACAAAUUAAAAAGAAUACCGAGCUUUGGAAAAAACCGCCGUUUACACCAUGUUUAUCAAAGAAGAAGUUAGAACCACCAAAAAUAGGACCUUUACACUCAGAAAUUCGAGCGAUAGAAAGAAAACGCUUUGAUGAGAUUAUAAAAGAAAAACAAAAACAAAAAGACUUACAGAAACAAAUGGAAAUUGCUGCUAAAAAGAAACAAGAGGAAGAAGAAAUCGCACAGCUACGAAAACAAAUUGUUCAUAAAGCUCAACCGAUUCGAAGAUAUAAAAUAGAAUUACCAAAAGUCGAAAAACGACCAUUAACUGAUCCUAUAAGUCCAAUAUUAUUGAAACGUCGUCGUCGUGUAUAAAUACUUAAAAUAUAAUUAAGAAGCAUUAUACUUUAGUAAUCGAAUUUUUCAAAUCAACGUUUUUUUUUCACGCCCUGUUUCGCAGGUAGAUAUAUUUAUAAAAUAAUUUAAAUUAAUAAAUAUAUUAUAAUUAAAUUUAAAUUUUCAGUUUAAUUAUAUUAAUAUGUACGUUUUAAUAUAUUUAUACAUAUAGAUACACAUCUAUAUACUUUUUGAUUUUCUAUAAAUUUUGUCAAUAAAGGCAAUUUCAUCGAAAUAUAUUUUUAAUCUCUGAAAGUAAUAUUUUAUAAAACAACAAUUUUUCGAAAUAUAUUCGUAUCUAAGAUAUUAAAUGAUCGUUAUUUAAAAUAGUUUACUAAAUAUUUUUACCGAGAACAUGUGAAUUGGAUUAUUGUGAAAGUUACUCAUUUUUUAUAAUAUGCUCACAUAUUUAACAUAGUUAUACUGAAUAAAUAUUUGUUUUAACGAAGAUGCGCAUUAACAUGAAAUACAUAACAUACAUUACUAUAUUAUAUUAUAACACAACACGCACACACACACACAAACACACACACACGCACGCACGCACGUACGCAUAGAUAUAUUAAAGAUUGCCAAUGCAUUCUAGAUUAUAUCAAUAUUCUUAACAUACGAUAGUUAUAAAUAUUUAAAUAAUUGAUAAACACACAUACAAUAAUUAUAAAAAUGGAUUUUCCUUAACAGCAUAAUAUUUAAUUUUUUCAAAGCAUGAUAUAGUAUUACAUAAAUUGAUUUGUACCUUUUUCUUCUUAUAACGAAAUGUGUAAAGAAUGAAUUUUUAUUUGUUCUAUUAUGUAUAAUAAUAUUUAAUAUUUCAAACUUGAUAAAAAUAAAUAUAAUGUUUAUAGAUAUAAACUAUCUUAAAUAUCAGAAAUUAAUAAAUAAUGAACAUUUAUUUAAAUAAAAUUAAAAUUUUUUAAAUAAAAUAUUUAAGAAACAAAAUUUAAAAAAAAA